AUGCACCCAAAGCUCUUUGCUGAUGGUGCACCUCAUGCUCUCCUACACUCCUCGAACUCCCUCAAGAUUCUGAGUCGGCUGCUCCUUUUGCUCUCGAUUUUCUCUGAUCCACUCCAUCCCAUGCACCUCAAGAUUUUUCAGUUUCUUGCUCUCCUUGCUCUCCGUGCUCCUCGAGAUUUCCUACUAGACUUUUUCAAUAAUACAAUGUCUCUUCCUCUGUGGAUCGUCCUUUCAUUAGGAGGCACACUAACAUCUGACCUGGUGAAGGUGAAGGACGUAGAACAGCAGAUAGUGGCGGGACAGCGCAGGCUAGCAGAAGGGAAGGAGUUAGAUGCUGAAACUGCAUGGUUGAUCGAGGUGGACAACCAGAAUAAGGACUUUGAAAAAUGGAUUCAGGAGCGGAAACACAGUGUUUCAAAUGAAGAAGAUUCUGAAGGGAACGACUUCGAGUCAACAGAUGAACAGUCAGAUGAUGAGGACUCGGUGAUGCUGUGGGUGCUCACACAGGAAGAAUGCAAGCCAUUCAAGAUCAUAAAGCGCACGAAGGGCAAUGUAUCAGAUGACGAUGGUGAGGUUGAAGUGAAAAGACUUGUGGCCAGAGAGGAAACGAUUGAAACAGAGAUUGAGGAGACUGGGUCUAAAAAAUAG